GCGAUCGAACACCGAAAGCCGAUGCAUGCGGGAAGCGUUCCUUGCGGAUGGCAUGGAGCCUGCCCGAGUCUGGGUCAUUUCCAGCCGGCGGUGCAUGCGCCGCUUAGCACGAGUCUCAGCCCGGGCUUCGUGCAGGACCCGGACGCCUGGUCCUACCAACCGGUGCACCACCGACUCUGCCUGGCGGCGCUGCAGCUGUGGUCCGUUCGCGCCACGCGCCUCAGCGCGGCGCUGCGGAACACAGCGCUGCGGGAGGCCCUGGAGCGGUGGCAGGACUUGGCGCUGCAGCGGCGCCUUCAGCUCCGCCUGCAGAGCGCCGCCCGAAAGCUCCGGGAGCCGAUGGCGUCUGAGGCCUCGCACCGGAAGAGCCGGGCGCCGGAGGACUUGGCGAAGCUCAAGGCGUUGGCGGCGGCCCAAAAGAGCGCCGACGCCGCGCUGGCGCUGCGCCGCGCCCUGCGGCACGGCGCGCGGCGGAGUUUGCGCUCGGCGCUGGAUGACUGGCGCCGCUCCUUGCUACCCCGGCCUCUGCAGCUUCUGCAGGCUGCCAUGCGAGGCCCCAGCAGCUCCCUGCAGUGGCGGCUUCUGGGGGAGGAGCCGGCGCUGCGCCAUUGGCUCCUACGACAAAGCGCCCAACAGGAGGCGCAGCGCGCGCGGCAGCGCGCCGCGCUGCAGCGGCAACGCCUUGCGGCGCGGCUGGCGGCCGGCGCGGUCGGCAGCGCCGUGCUGCGGAAGGCGCAGGGCGGCUUCAUGCGCUGGCGGAGCCAGGCGCAGCGCAGCGGCCCCAAGCCGCAGGACGUCCUUCCUGCGGCGGCGGCGAUCAGUGCGGCGUCCCGCGCGGCUGCGGCGAUGGUCGAGGAGAUUCCCUCGGAGCGGGGCCCCGACGAGAUGGUCCAAAAGGACACGCUCACCCAACCCACGCAGUUCCUUCCCUGGGGCCGUGUGCCUCGGGAGGAGCUGUCGCGGAAGCUCUUGAUGAUCUCCCCGCAGCUCAUGGCGCACCGGAGCUCCGAGCAGGCGAUGGCUGACUUGCAUGUGGAAGUGAAGAGAGCGCUGCAGGAGCACAAGGACAGCCCCAAAGCGCCGCCGCAGCCCGGGCAGGGGAGCAAGAAGUCGCUCUGAGCCCUCCGGCUCGCUGCGAGCGGGGAGCGAUGCCAAUGAGCUGC